AAAACUGGUGACCUGUACGCCGUCAAAGUCUUCAACAACUUGAGCUUUUUGAGGCCGCUGGACGUCCAGAUGAGAGAGUUUGAAGUUCUGAAAAAACUCAACCACAAGAACAUCGUCAAACUCUUCGCUGUGGAGGAAGAGUCCAACACCCGACACAAGGUCCUGGUGAUGGAGUACUGUCCCUGUGGAAGUCUCUACACAGUCUUAGAGGAGUCGUCCAACGCGUACGGACUUCCUGAAGACGAGUUCCUCAUAGUGCUGCACGAUGUGGUGGCAGGUAUGAACCACCUGAGAGAGUACGGCAUCGUCCACCGGGACAUCAAACCGGGAAACAUCAUGCGAGUGAUCGGAGAGGACGGACGCUCCGUCUACAAACUGACAGACUUCGGAGCCGCCAGAGAGCUGGAGGACGACGAGCAGUUUGUGUCUCUGUACGGCACCGAGGAAUACCUG